AUGAUUAGGCCCGGAAUUGACCUCCUUCGAGCCGCUCGCACUCACAAGCAGUUCGUUAAGCUUGCGGACGUAGUUACAGAACACUGGAUUACUAAUGGAGAGAGUGCCUACGCGAGUUGGUUCAAAGAAGCUUACCUGAGUGAGAGAUGGAAUAGGUGGCAUGUUAACGGGGCCAAAGUUGGAGGAGUAUUACAGAGUCAACAGGGGAUUGAGUCGCACCACAGCGUCAUUAAGAAGACCUGCGUUCCCAGCUCUCGUGCAUCCGCCAAUGGUGUACUAAGCGGCAUUCUACCUAGAAUUCUUAAGGCUGAUGGAGAGGAUCUUUGCCCUCUUAGGGUCGCCCACUUCAGCGAAGGUCCCGUUCCACCAGAAAUGAUGGUAAAAGCUGAACUUCUGGUUGCUACCCAACGUAACUACAAGCUCGUCUACAAAGGCAGAGGACGUCUACGACGCCUAAGUGCUGUCGUAUUUAGCGAUACAAAGCAUAUCGUUGGUGGUCAGGGUAUGCUUGGAGCUAAUGUGGACAAUGAACGACUAGAGUUUGAGCUGCUUUCUCUGCACAGAGUGAUGGUAAAGCACCAAGAGUACCCACAUCCUUUCGAACUUUUACCAACUUGGUCACACGAGACGAUCGAACGACUACGGAAAUUCUUGCAAUGUACAUGCGAGGCCUUUAUCCGAUCAGGAUGGGUGUGUUCUCACGUACUAGCUGUACUGUCCUUGUUGGACCUUUUGGAUCUACGUACUGCUAUGGCUACUGUUCCAGGUCGACGUACACCAGGUCGACCUCCAGCUAGGCGUCUAGCCCUGACAACACAGAGUAACGAGGACGGCUCGGUCAUUGGCGACGUCAUUGCUGUACGGCUCUCAGACGGAGUGUACAAAUGGUCGGUGCGUUUUGGCGACGGUAGUGUUCAAGAUUAUGAAGCUGAACAGCUAGCCACAGCUGUCAACCGAGCCCACAACCUACACAUUCGUGUUACAAACUAG